CGCGCAUCAUCAGCGAGGAGUGCGUGCACGCUCCCGAGACACCACCAGGAAACAUGGCGGCGCUCCUGACACUCAGCCAGUUGUCAGGCGGGAACCCAGCUUACGAGAGCUACUACAGACAGCUAGAUCCGGUCAGCAGUGGCAAAGUAUCAGCUGGGGAUGCGGCUCAGUUCCUGAAGAAGUCAGGGCUGUCGGACAAUACACUGGGCAAGAUAUGGGAUUUGGCUGACGCAGAGCGAAAGGGCUACCUGGACAAACGGGGCUUCUUCAUUGCCUUGAGACUGGUGGCCUCUGCGCAGGCAGGACACGAAGUCAGCCUCAGCAACCUUAGCCAAACAGUUUUGCCUCCUAAGUUUCGAGACAACAGCAGCCCUCUAUUGAGUGCCUCAGCAACUGAUUCCAGUUGGGCAAUAAGGCCGGAUGAAAAGGGGAAGUUUGAGGGCAUCUUUGAGAGUCUGUCCCCCGUCAAUGGCCUCCUCGCAGGCGAUAAAGUGAAGCCCAUUUUGAUCAACUCCAAACUACCUCUGGAUGCACUGGGAAAGAUCUGGGACUUGGGAGACACGGGCAAAGAUGGGUACCUGGACAAGGAGGAAUUUAUUGUGGUCAUGCAUCUUGUGUAUCGAGCAAUGGAGAACGAGCCGGUGCCGACGACUUUACCCGCAUCCUUGAUCCCUCCCUCAAAGAGGAAAAAAGUGCCUGGUGCGCUGCCUGGCGCUGUGGCGGUCCUGCCCAGCCGGCCUGGGUUUUUGAGCACCUCGCUUCCUCUCAAAGACACCCUCCGAAGUGCUUCACCUCUCACCACCUCAACUAGGAACCUCUCCCCAAAGUACUCCUUCAGAGCAAGCAAACAGCCAGAGGACAAGUGGGUAGUCCCGGUGGCCGACAGGGAGCGCUACUAUGACAUCUUCAAGCAAACCACCAAGGAGAACGACAGCUUGAUCAGCGGAACGGAGGUCAUAGAGAUCUUCAUGCACUCCAGCCUCUCCCAGACCAUGCUGGCACAAAUCUGGGGUCUGGCCGACACCAAACAGACAGGCAAGCUGACCCGGGAGCAGUUCUGUCUGGCCAUGCACCUCAUCCAGCAGAAGAUCACCAAAGACAUUGACCCGCCAUCCACUCUUACGCCGGACAUGAUUCCUCCUUCGGAGAGGACGGCGGCUUUAGCAACGAUCCCCCCUAGCUUCUCAGGUUUUCUAUUUGACGGGAGAGCUGGUAAUGCUGCACUCUCUCUUUGCAAAGACAUCGCCGUUGCGCCAGCUGAGUUGACGGGCAUCAAGGAGCUGGAUGACCUCAGCCAGGAAAUAAGUCAGCUGCAGAGAGAUAAAUAUAUCCUUGAACAAGAGAUACGGGAAAUGCAAGAAACUAUCAGGAAGCAGAAUAUUUCUGUUCAAGACAUGCAGCAGGAUUUUGACCGGGAGAGCAGCAGCCUGCAGGACAUGGAGUUUCAAAAGCAGGACGCACAGAAGCGCCUGGAUGAGAUGGACCAGCAGCGUUCCAAGCUGGAGGGGAUGCUCAACGAUGUCAAGCAGAAGUGUCAAGAAGAGACGCAGAUGAUCUCAACUCUGCAGAGCCAGAUCCGCUCCGAGGAGACCAACCUGCAGAGCCAAGAGCAACAGGUGGGCCGCACCAAGGCGGACCUCAGUCGGCUGCAAGAAGAGGAGGCCCAGCUGGAGCAGAACCUGCUAUCAGGGCGCGUUCAGCUAGACAGCAUCACCAAGUCUCUGAAGAACACCCAGGAAGAGAUGAACCAGGCUCGCAGUAAGUUGUCACUCCUCCAGGAAAACCAGAAGGAAGUCUCCAAGACCAUCGAGCAGUACAACGCUGCACUGAGCGACCUCGGGGGAGGAAACAACAUGGCUGACAUGACCGACCUGCUCGCCGAGAAUGAGAACAGUGUCUUCAGAAGUGUGGAUGAAUCAUUCAAGUCAAGACUAGCCAUGUUCAACCAAAGCGCUUCCAAGGCAGCAGACCCUUUCCAGACAGAAGACCCCUUCAAGUCCAACCUCUUUAAAGAAAGUGACCCCUUCAAAGGCACCUCAUCCGAAGAUGUCUUCAGCAGGACCGGUAGCUUGUUUGCACACUCCGAAGCUUUUGCAGGGAAACCCAGGCCUCCAAUUAAGCCUGGCUCCUACAGUGAUAGCGACCGCUUUUCAUCCCUCCGCUCCAUACCAAAGAAUUCAGAGUCCUUCAGGACGGCAGACCACUUUGGAAGCACCGCCUUGAGAAACAAAGCCGGAUUUACUGAUUUUGGCCAGAUGUCAAAGAAGUCCGAUAACCCUGUUCUCCCUUCAAAGAAAAGCAUCCCUAGCCGGCCUGCCCCUCCCUAUGAAAAUGAAGGCGAGCAGCUUGGAAGUGAAAGCCAGCAGCUGGAGUGGGCCAAGCGGGAGAGCGAGCGUGUGGAACGUGACCGGCUGCAGCGGCUGAAGGUCCAGGAGCAGCAGGACCUGGAGCUGGCCAUCGCUCUUAGCCGGGCCGACGUUACCAGUUCCUGAGAGGCGCUCUGGCCCUCCAACAAACUCCACUCGUCCUUCCUUCCCCCGCUUUCUGACGUUUGCACUGACACCCAACCAACACUCCAAAAGCCCUCUAAGACCCUGAACCAUCGUGUCAAAUGACUGCGCUUUUAGCGUCUAAUCUAAAGUCAUUGCUCCCAUAUAAUCAUGGCUCGGAUGGAUCCUCCUGAUAUCUCGCGUGGUUUCAUUUGGACUCAACCUUGCCAUCUGAAGGAAACACAAAGCAGGUGGCCACUUAGGUUUUGUCUCUGUUAUGCCCUCCAAAACCCUGAACCAUCGUGUCAAAUGACAGCGCUUUUAGCGUCAAAUCUAAAUUCAUUGCUCCCAAAUCAUGGCUCGGAUGGAUCCUCCUGAUAUCUCACGUGGUUUCAUUUGGACUCAACGUAGCCAUCUAAAGGAAACAUGAAACAGGUGGCCACUCAGGUUUUGUCUCUGUCAUGUCCUCCGAGACCUUGAAUCAUCGUGUCAAAUGACUGCGCUUUUAGCAUCUAAUCUAUAUUCAUUGCUCCCAAACAUGAUGAUACAAUCAAGGCUCGGAUGGAUCCUCCUGAUAUCUCGCGUGGUUUCAUUUGGACUCAACGUAGCCAUCUAAGGGAAACACGAAGCAGAUGGCCACUCAGGUUUUGUCUCUGUUAUGCUGCCUUAUUCCAAAGCCUGCCAGGAAACUUAACUUUUUUUUUAUCAUCAUAAUUUUUACUGUGUUUUAUUGUAUUUAUAAGCAAAGGUGUGAAGGUGUGCUGCAUGAAUGAACUUAUGAAAUGCACUAAAUCAGAUGUUUUUAUUUUUCGUAGUCUCUUAGAUUCUUUUGGAGGAACUUAAUAUCCUGUAGAUAUUAAAACAUAGUAAUGCUCUUUGUUAUUAAUUGACACGGUCAGAGACGUGUUCAUUGAACAAUAUGACUAAAGUUGUGGGUGAGCGGUUCCAAUUGUUUGGUUACAUUAUUUAGCAAUACACCACGACAAAGUACAACCACAAUAUUUAAGUAAAUAUUGUUCCAAGAAUGCAUCUUUGCAUCAUAUAUUGUGCAAGUGUACUUAAUGAAAUGGCUUCUGUGUAUCAGAUCACAUGUUUUAUUUAUCUUGCACGAGCAUUUGUGCCUAUGCGUAUUUUAUGUGGCCUUAUAUUCCAGACUGCACAGGUGGUACAAAGUAUUUGUCCUGAAAUUGCUGAAAAGCAUUAUUUAGUCACCUCAGUUUUUUUUUUUUUAAAGGCCGGAAGGAAUGUUCCAAACUUUUAAGUGUAAAACCACUUUAUUGACACUUGUACUGUUACACAAAGCUUUAACACAAACGUAGCUUUAAGACAUAAUCAUUAAAAGUGCCAGUAACAUGCAUAAUUAGCAGCAUAUACAUGUCAUGUUACAGUAUGUCAUUGAUUCAUGGGGAUUUAUUUAACAGUGCUGGAUGAAGGUGACUUUUCAUAAUAAAACAUAUCGGUACUGAGGUGGUGCAUUUGAAA